ACAAGCCAAACAGAACAGUAUACUAGGUUGAAUAGGACACCUAGUUUCUCUCUUAUCCUCUCACCUUCUAUCGCCCUUCACGGGCUUUCAAUGGAUUUUCUCAUGGACUCCGGACAACCUACUCAAUCUCUCCCUCACCUUCUGCAACUUCUCUAAGGUUUCUGAAACUUCGAGGUUUGGCAAGAUAAUGCGUUUUUUUCUUUUCUUUUUAUAAUGGGGGAUCUGAGAAGGGUGAAUAUAUUCAUUUUUCUUUUGAGGGGCAGAGUUGAUUUAACUGAUUCCUUUGAGAUUCUGUGUGUUCGGUUUUAAAAACAGUUUGAUUCCAAAUUUCCAAUUUCGUUCCUUCGUGAUUUAUUUGCCGAGUUUUGGAACGGAUUAUCUUAUCCAACAAGAGGCAGUUACUAUCUUAAAAUUUAAAACCAUGAUUUGAAAAGGAAUGCCAUUUAACUGAUAAAAUUUAUUGUUUCCUCAUCUCGUAUUGAUAAAGUUUUAAGAAGCUAUCUAGCAACUCAAAAGAUUUUGUCGGUAUAUUCUGAAUGGAUUAUGGGAAUAAUUAUUUUUGUCAUCUAUUGGCGAGUAAUCCUUUACCUUAUCAUUCUCAAAUUGUUUCAAUAGUAUUAACUGUCACAGUUAAUUGAUUUUACCAUAUCUUCUUCGUAUCAACUCAAUAAUUAUAAUUAAUGUCAUUUAUCAUGGAGGCUUUAUGAGUUCAUACUCUCUGGUUUUGGAAGCUCUAGCUAUGCUGCAUUUUAUUCACCUCUUCGUGAAGGAGAUAAACCAGAGUUGCGUCACAAGACACUAGUUGAAAUCGUAUUUCACUGCAACAAUUUGGUAGGAAAAACAAAAAAGGCAUUUUGUACAUACGUAUAUACAAAUCAAAAUACUUCUUUGGAAAAGACAAUUUGUACUGUGAGUACAAGACCCUGAAGUCUCUCAAAGGAACUGAUAUUGCAAAAAUGUGAACAUGAUCUCUUUGAUCAUUGAAUUGGGGAAAUCAAUUCGAUCUUCAAGCAUUUUCCCUUCAAGACAUGGCUCCCCGAGCACGCCUCAAUUCUAGACUAAAACUUCCCAAGUUCCUUUGUGUCUUACUUCUAUUACUGGUGCCAAUUUGUGUGAUUGGAAUAUUUAUCCAUGGCCAGAAGAUUUCAUAUUUCUUCCGACCCCUCUGGGACAACCCCCCUGCCCCUUUCAUACGUAUACCUCACUAUUAUGCAGAAAAUGUCUCUAUGGACCACCUUUGCCAUCUUCAUGGCUGGUCCCUUCGCUCCCAACCUCGCCGCAUUUUCGAUGCUAUCAUCUUCAGCAAUGAGUUAGACAUGCUUGACAUUAGAUGGCAUGAACUUUAUCCAUACGUAUCAAAAUUUGUGAUCCUUGAGUCUAAUACCACGUUUACAGGCAUCCCAAAACCUCUUUUCUUUUCCUUAAACCAGGAAAGAUUUUCCUUUGCCAAACAAAAGACAGUUCAUGACAUUUUUCCUGGCAGAGUUGCAUCCCCUGGAUCACAAGAGAACCCGUUUGUGCUUGAGGCAAAACAACGUACGGCUAUGAAUGCAUUGAUACACCGUGCAGGGAUUUCCAAUGGUGAUAUUCUUCUCAUGUCAGAUACGGAUGAGAUUCCAAGCCCUCAAACAUUGAAACUGCUACAAUGGUGUGAUGGGAUUCCUCCCAUAAUGCAUCUUGAACUGAGGAAUUACAUGUACUCAUUUGAGUUCCCUGUGGACUACAGCAGCUGGCGAGCCACCGCACACGUGUACGGUCACUGGACACCUUACCGGCAUUCGCGCCAGACGGAUGCAAUCUUGUCGGAUGCAGGAUGGCAUUGCAGCUUUUGCUUUCGGUAUAUUUCGGAAUUUGUGUUCAAAAUGACUGCCUAUAGCCAUGCAGACCGUGUGAAGCAGAAAUCUUUUCUGAGUCAUUCAAGAAUUCAGGACCUUAUUUGCAAGGGAGAUAAUCUUUUUAAUAUGCUCCCUGAAGAAUACUCCUUCAAGGAGUUGAUUAAAAAGAUGGGCCCAAUACCCCGCUCAGCUUCUGCGGUUAAUCUUCCUGCUUUCUUGAUAGAGAAUGCUGAUAAAUUCAAGUUCCUUCUUCCUGGAGGUUGCUUGAGAACACCAGAAUAGUUGUCUCCUUUUUUGUUUUCUUUUAUGCGGCUAUGCCUUUGUUCUCCCCUCCAAAGGAUUUUUUGCUUUUAGUAUAGUAGUUAGCAAACGUAGAUUUUUCCCUCUUUAGUUUCCAGCAUUGGCUUUAGCGUUAGAUUUUAGUAGGAUGUUACAUAGCAUUAGCUCUCGUAAUUGUAUCGUUGUUCUUGAAUAUGAAGCAGUAGUUAUAAAUUGCGCGUGAAAACAGACGAAAAGGACGUGUCUGUUAGAACGCGGAAUGUGUAAGAGGUGUAAACUGCUUAAAGCUUAAAACAGCAGAAAUGGUGAUAAUAAAUAAAUAAAUAUGUAAAUA